AUGUCUUCGGGACCUUUGCGCAGAGCUUUUGUUGUGAAGCCUUCGGACACUGAAAUUGAACCUCCCUCUCAACUAAACGAUAACAAGACCCCUCUGCAUCUUGUUGACUUACAGCACAAAACUCAUGAGAGAGAGGCUGAGGCAGCAGCAGCAGCAACAGCAGCAGCAGCAGCAACAGCAACAGCAGCAGCAGCAACCGCGACAGCUGCAGCGGCGCCAGAGGCCGCAGCAGCAACAGCCUCAGCAGCUGCAACAGCCUUAGCAGCUGCAACACCCUUAGCAGCUGCAACAGCCUUAGCAGCUGCAACACCCUUAGCAGCUGCAGCAGCAACAGCAGCAGCAAUAGCCGCAGCGGCAACACCUGCAGCGGCAACAGCUGGGUCAAUAGGACCGGCAACUGCUGCUGCAGCUGAAGCAACAGCAGCAGCAGAAGCAGCUGCAGCAGCAACAGCAGCAACUGCACCGUCAACAGCAGAAGCUGCAACAGCAACAACAGCAGCAGCAGUAGCAACGGCAACCUCAGUAGCAGCUGUAACAGCAGCUGCAGCAGCAGCAGCUGUAGCAGCACGAGUAGCAGCGGUAGCAGCAGGAGCAACAGCUGCAGCAGCAACAGCAGCAGCAAGAGCUGCAGCAGGCGCUGUUAGACUUGAGGGUCCCCCCUCCAUUUAUUUUUUUAAUUUGGUGUCUCCUCUGUACUGUCUCCAGGCCGGACAAAGGCACUAG